AUGGACUGCCCGGCUCACGCCGUCUUCCCGACGUCACGCCCGCCGCCCGAGGGGCUUCGCUGCAAAACCGUGCACCUCAUUCGGCACGCAGAAGGCACCCACAACGCCGCGGAGCUGGAGGCCGAGCGGCGACAGCGAUUCAUGAAGAGGGAGGAGUGGCGGGCGCUGCGAGAGACGCAUGGCGUCGCCUUUUACUUGCUCGAGAGCGUCACCGGCCUCACAUACUGGGACCCGCCGCUGACGCGCCUGGGUCGGCGGCAGGCCGCCAAACUUCGACGCGAGCUGACCCGCAGCAACGUGACGUUCGACGCCAUCUUCAGCUCGCCCUUCCGGCGGACGCUUCAGACGGCGAUGAUCGGCUGCCCGCAGAUCGAGUGCCUCCACCGGGCGCGGCCGUGGUGGCGCAAGCUCGGCGCGUGGCUGCGGCACGAGCCGUGCCGGCCGCCACCCGUCGUGACGACGGACCUUCUGCGUGAGCGUAUCGCCAACUACACGAGCGACGGCCGCCGCACGGUGACGCAGCUGGCGGCGGAGUUCCCGCGCGUCAACUUCGGCGAGGCGAAGGAUCAAGAAAAGCGACCCUUUCUCUAG